UAUAAACAUGGCUUAAGAGAUAGCUUAGCUUACGAGCAUUUCUCUCUCUCUCUUUGAAGGAACCCUAGAGAAGACGAAGAAGAAGAUAAAGGAGAAGGAGAUGUCACUCUUUCUCUCUCACCGACUUAAAUUAUUUGGAGGAGAAGGACUUUAUUUAUUUAUUUAUUGAUUGAUCUUCUUCAUCAUCAUCGAAGGAGGUUGAUUUUGGCCUUCAGCACGAAUCGUAUUUGAAGACAUCAGGUUGGCUUAAACAUCUUACAAUGCCAAAGGAUAGGAAAGAUCACUCGCUGCCAAAGGCAUCUCCUUACUGCAGUUCUGGCCGUACCUUGCGGUCUUCAUCCAAAAGACCUAUAGAUCGUGUGGAGGAUAUAAAGGAAUGGGAAGAAGCUAGGUGCCCUGUGUGCAUGGAGCACCCUCAUAAUGCUGUUCUACUUUUAUGUUCCUUCCACGAGAAGGGGUGUCGUCCUUACAUGUGUGAUACAAGCUACCGGCAUUCAAACUGUCUCGACCAGUUCCGGAAGGCAUCUGAUGAAGCACCAACAACUUCACCUGCAGAAGUUCCACAGUCUAGCUCUACAAAUAUGGUUAUUCCAGAAGCAAUUAUUGAGGAUCCACAGGAAGAAUCGAGCAGUGAAGGGACUCCACCUCCACCCACUUUAGCUUGUGAGACGAAGAUACCCUUAAAGCUUUCAUGCCCCCUCUGUCGAGGCCAGGUCAAUGGGUGGGUAAUUGUGGAACGUGCUCGUCACUUCAUGAAUGCUAAGGCAAGGAGUUGUGCUUGCGAGACGUGUGAGUUCAAUGGGAAUUAUGCUGAUCUCAGGAAGCAUGCAAGGCUCAAGCAUCCCCUUGUGCGGCCAACGGCAGCAGAUCCACAGAGGCAGCAUGAUUGGAGAAUGUUAGAGAGAGAAAGGGAUCUCGGAGAUGUGCUUAGUACAAUUCAGUCUGCGUUUGGAGAGGAUAGAGGUGAUGAUAGUAUUAUGAUUCCUGCCAAUGGUGGAUUGCUUAGUGUCCUUAUCUUUUUUAGGGUUUCUUCGCAUGGCUCUUUACCUGAGUCGGGAGGCAGCACCACCACCGCUGCUACUACCAAUGGCGGUAUGCGGUCUAAUCCUUCCAGAUCCAGAGUGCCGACUAGGAGCCGAAGGAGAACAUCAUCAUCAAUAUUACCUCUUUGGGGGGAGAACUUUGAGGCAGAAAGUAGGUCCAACACAGAAAGUAGGUCCAAUACAAGAGAUGGGGAAAGUGGUUCGGCAGAUGGCACACCAGCACCAGGUUCAUGGCGGUUUCUAGAACGAAACCGGUAUACAGCAUCAGAUGAUGAGUCCUGACAAAGACCUUUAGAUGCUUAUGUCCCGUCGUUGCUGGUUCGGGUCAGAUCUUUUGAUUUCAGUGGUGAUACUGAAGGGGGAAAUAGUUGCAAGUUUUCUCGCUUGUUCGUCCUAAUUUGUUCAGCUGAGUGUCAGGCAGUUCGGCUCGCAGUCAAACAAUGGUAGUAGUAUAUGUAUAGCAGUUAUUUCUUUUCCAUAUAUGUAAAACCUAGCAAAGCAAGUAAACAAUUGAAAUGCCUGUAGUUUGAACCUCCAUUUCUUAAAUUGAUUUUUAUUUUCUUGGGUUA